UGUUUAUGAGGAAAGACAACUCUGAGAUUUUGGUUCCUUCGCCCUCUGAGAGAGCAGCGCAGUGAAGACCUUCCGCUCUGUGCAGGUCCAGAAGGUGGGGAAGAGAUUUUUCUUUUUUUUUUUUUCUCCCCUAAAUCGGUGGCCUUUUUUUUAAUUCAUCCUGAGCCUAAUUUAAAGUUUUGGGGUACUUUCCUUUUUUUUUCUUUUGCAACUGAGUAGUUGUCUUGUGACUGUAUGAACUGGACAUCUGGAGCCCUGUGACCAGGCCAGCUUGUCCCUUUGCGUCCUCACUUGGGGCUGCACAAACUCCCCAUGGAUUUCGCCACCGACUUUGACUUUAUGAAGUUUGGCGUGAAGAAAGAGACCAUGCAGAACCUGGAGCGCUCCUUCAUCGGGCCGUGCGGCCAGCUGCAGAGACCGGACUCGGUCUCCUCCACCCCGGGCAGCACACCUUGCAACUCGGUCCCCUCAUCGCCAAACGUCAACCCCAACGACCAGAGAAACAACCCCGGGAGUGACCAAUUCUGGAUACCCAACAACAACGGGGGAUACCCUCAUCAGAUGUACCCUCAAGCUUUUGGCCUGACACCGGAGGACGCCAUGGAGGCCCUAAUAGGGGCCACGACGCAGCAGGGCCACCCGUCUGCGCCCCACGGCCACCACCCACAGUCCUACCAGCCUGAAUACGAAGGCUACGGGCACCUGAACGACCCGGUCCAGCACUACCAGGGCCUCUCGGGUCACCCCGACAUGCAGGGCAUCAGCAGCAGCCACUGCCAAGACCCCUAUCUGAAAGACGAAAUGGGGAGCGAGUCCCCCGAGUCGCCCGAGGCCCAGUCGGUUCUUGGCGCGCACCACCAACUCCAGCAGCCGCAACACAGCCGCCACGACAGGCGAUCCAAUGUGGAGACGCACUUCUCAGACGAGCAGCUGGUGUCCAUGUCUGUCAGGGAGCUGAACCGGCUCCUCAGGGGCCUGAGCAAGGAGGAGGUGAUGCGUCUGAAGCAGAAGCGCCGAACCCUGAAGAACAGGGGAUACGCGCAGUCGUGCCGCUUCAAGCGCGUCCAGCAGAAGCACAUCCUGGAGCACGAAAAGACGAGCCUGGUGACCCAGGUGGAGCAGCUGAAGCACGAACUGAACAGGCUGGUCCGGGAGAGGGACGCAUACAAACUUAAAUGCGAGAAACUGUCCGGUGCCAACUGCUACCACGAAACUGGGUCCACCAGUGACAACCCUUCCUCGCCAGAGUAUUUAAUGUGAGUUAGUGCUUCUUCCACGGAGCCAUUUAAAUCACCCCCUGCAUCAAAGCAAUGACUGAAAUGAUAAAAAAAA